GCGGGGGAGGGGUGCCAUCCAGAGCGAUCUCCGGCCCCGCCAUGAGCGCCCAGUACCAAGACGAGAGCUGCUCCGAGCGGGCCGACUGCAAAAGUAAAUCGCCAACUUUGCUCUCCUCCUACUGCAUCGACAGCAUCCUGGGCAGGAGGAGCCCCUGCAAGAUGCGGCUGCUGGGGGCGGCUCCCAACCUGCCGCCUCUGCCCAGCCGGGCAGAGCAGGACAAGGCCGGGCCAGGGCCUGCCAAGGGCAGCCUGCCGGGCUUCGACGCCACCGAGCUGCACCUGCCGCCCAAACUGCGCCGCCUCUACGGGCCCGGCGGGGGCCGGCUGCUGGGGCGGCCCGAGCGGCCCGAGGCGGCCGCCUCAUCCUGGGACUCGCUCAAGAUCAGCCAGGCGCCGCAGGUCAGCAUCAGCCGCAGCAAAUCGUACCGAGAAAACGCGCCCUUCGCGCGGGCCGCCGCUGCGCUCGACGAGCUGGCCAGCCCCGGAGCAGGAGCAGGGGGCGGCGGCCCCGACAGCCGGCCCCGUCGGGCAGAUGAUCUGCUGGAUGAGGAGGACGAGGAGGACGAGGAAGAGGACGACGAGGACGAGGAGGAGGCCGAGGAACUGGAGGAGGAGCUGGACGACGAGGAGGAGCUGCUGGCCGAGGCCAAGGAGGGCCGGCGCGCCGCCGGGUGUCCCGUCGGGGUUGGCGCGGGGCCGGGCGCGGGGCCAGGGCCCGAAGGCGCCGAAGGCUCGCCCAAGGAGGAGAUGUUGCUGCCCGCCGACGAGCUGGCCGAGGGCAAGGACGGCGAGGACAGCGUGUGCCUGUCGGCGGGCAGCGACUCCGAGGAGGGGCUGCUCAAGAGGAAGCAGCGGCGCUACCGGACCACCUUUACCAGCUACCAGCUGGAGGAGCUCGAGAGGGCCUUCCAGAAGACCCACUACCCGGAUGUCUUCACCAGGGAGGAGCUGGCGAUGCGCCUGGAUCUGACCGAAGCCAGAGUGCAGGUCUGGUUCCAGAACCGGAGAGCCAAAUGGCGGAAGAGGGAAAAGGCCGGCGCGCAGAGCCACCCGCCCGGCCUGCCUUUCCCUGGUCCCCUGUCGGCAUCUCACCCGCUCAGUCCCUACCUUGAUGCUAGUCCUUUCCCUCCUCACCACCCAGCUCUCGACUCCGCCUGGACGGCCGCCGCCGCCGCCGCCGCCGCAGCCGCCGCCUUCCCCAGCCUGCCGCCUCCUCCUCCGGGCUCGGCAGCUUUGCCCCCCAGCGGGACCCCGCUAGGCCUCAGCACUUUCCUGGGAGCGGCUGUGUUCAGGCACCCGGCCUUCAUCAGCCCGGCCUUCGGCAGGCUCUUCUCCACCAUGGCUCCCCUGACCAGCGCUUCCACGGCGGCCGCCCUCCUGAGACAGCCGGCUCCGGCCGUGGAGAGCGCCGUGCAAUCCAGCGGCCUCGCGGACCCCGCCACUGCCGCGGCCGAUCGGCGGGCUUCCAGUAUAGCGGCGCUGCGGUUGAAGGCGAAAGAGCACGCGGCGCAGCUCACGCAGCUCAACAUCCUCCCCGGGAACAGCACGGGCAAAGAGGUGUGCUAAGCAGCCCCGGCGGGAGGGGAGCCGAUCCAAGACCAAACGGGGAGACGGGGGGCGGGCGAGGGCACGGAGACUGGGCCGGCGGCGGGCUCCCCUCCAGCCAGGAACUCACGGCCAGCCCAGCCCAGCUCAGCUGGCGCUGCUUCCGCAGAGAAGCUCCUCCUCAGACUGGCGCAUCUUUUCCCCACCAUGUACGUGUUCAUCCAUUCAUUGAUAAGCAAACCACACACCCGAGUAGGCUCGAGGGAAAGAAAAGGGGGGGGGAAUAAGGAGCGGUCGCGCGUCCCCCUCCCCUAAUCUGUUUGGUCAAAAUGCCACCUCGGCCUAUAACCUGUAAUCUCGAAGGCGCUUUGGAGACUUCUAAACGGGAGGACAUGAACCAAGGAUGCUGCUGCUGGCAGAGCCAAAAGGAAGAGAACGGUGUGCCGGGCUGCGUAAAACAUAACCAGUGCACUUAAGGCAAAGGGGUCUGGUCUUUUUGUCCUUUAUCACUACACCAACCAAGGGUUUUAUAGCAAACCAAAGGGAAAAUACAGUGCUAGAAAUAUGGACUGUUUAAAGUCACUAAACUGUGAUGAUCGAUAUUGUACAUACCAUUGUUAUUAAAAAAAUAAGAAAAAGAAAAAACAGAGCUUUGUAUACUUGAAAUGUUAUAUAAGAAUUGCACUCAGUGUAGUGUUUGUACGUUUGUCAUUUCUGUAGAUUCUUACUGUGUUGUAGAUAUCAUAGGGUCCUUAGA